GCUGCAGUAGCUUUUAUCCAUCCAGCAGAAUGCCGAGCCAGCUCGAGGGUGCCAUGGACGCACUGAUAUCGGUUUUCUACAACUACUCUGGAAAUGAUGGAGAUAAAUACAAGCUCAACAAGGGCGAGCUGAAGCAACUGUUGAACAGCGAGCUCACCGACUUCCUCACGUCUCAGAAAGAUCCCAUGCUGGUGGAGAAAAUCAUGAAUGACCUGGACUCUAACAAAGACAACGAGGUGGAUUUCAAUGAGUUUGUUGUGCUGGUCGCCGCCCUGACUGUUGCCUGCAACGAUUUCUUUCAAGAGCAGAAGAAGAAAGCCAAGUAGAUGCCUACAGAAAACCAACUGGAAACCUCCAUCAACAGUUAGUGUCCCGUCAGCUGAAUAAUUUCUAGUAGUGUUUCCCAUUAGAUAGGACUGUAAAUGUGAUUAAUGAAUGUGGAGUCUUCAGAUUAAAAAAAAAAAAAGAAAAAAGUUGCCUUACCAGUCUGCAGCCUGGAGCUGUAUUUCAUUUUUGUGUUAAAGGGAUGAUGUUAACUAGAAAGUACAAAGUUGAUUUUUCCUAAGUUACAUAUGAUAUCAUUUAUUUUUGGAACUGUGUUUUAUCCCAACUGCAAGUACAUCACUGUAUAAACUUAUCUUUUAGUUGUGUCUGCAAAACAAAACAGGAGAGAGUAGUAAUUCAGUGGCAUUUUCCUUCAAAAACACCCCUUCGUCAUCUGAAAAUGCGUCUUUCAAUCAUCCUUAGUUUUUCGUCCCUGCAGACGCUCCGUCUGACAAUCUCCCUCUUGCUCAAUUUGAAAUGUCAAAUAUUUAAUCUCUUCCUGAUGGUGCAUUUAGUGGGGAACAGUUUAGUCCCUAGUCAGUUUUGCUGUCAGCCUCUGUUCUCCCAGGAGAAAUACUUUUUCCUUCAGUCAUGGAAAAACACACAGGAUGGCAGUGAAUGGGCCAAGUGUUCACCGUAUAAUGGUUUUACUGCACGCUGUCUAACAUUUCUGCUUUGAAACAUGUAAUUUGUUGUUCUUUGUUUUUAUAAAUUGGAGACAUUGUGAAUAAUAUUUGA